UGUGUGUUUUUUUUUCUGGUCGGUGUUCUGUGUCGACUUGUCAUUUUUUAUUUUCAUCCUAGAUUUUUUAAAUCAAUUUUGUGCAUUUUCGUGUAUCAUUGUUAUUUGAUUGUUAAGACUAUAAACGAUAAAAAUCUGAAAAUGAGCUUGGAAACAUCUUCAAAUAAUGGUACAAGUAAGCCAGAACGAAAACACUACGAUCGUACCAAAUCAGACGAUUUACAGAUCUCUAGAACGGACAUGAAUAUGUUGAUCAUGAAUUAUUUAGUCACAGAGGGCUUCAAAGAAGCAGCUCUCAAAUUCCAACAGGAGGCUGGCUUACAGGAGCCUGCACUGUGCAGCUCACUGGAUGAGCGUAUCAUGAUCAGGGAGGCAGUGCAGGGUGGCAGAAUACCCGAGGCCAUCUCCAUGGUCAAUGCAUUGCAUCCAGAACUGUUGGACAAUGAUAGAUAUUUGUACUUUCAUUUACAGCAAUUACAAUUACUGGAGCUAAUCCGGGCAGGCAGAGCUGAGGAAGCCUUAGCCUUUGCCAGUGCCACGUUAGCCGAGGCCGGAGCAAAUGAUCGCAAUGCCCUCACUGAGCUGGAAAGAUCCCUCGCUCUAUUGGCCUUCCCCGAUCCUCACACUUCACCGUUUGCAGACCUGUUGCUGCCUUCACAUAGUCAAAAGAUUGCAAGCGAACUCAAUGCAGCCAUCCUAAAGAUGGAGAACCAAGAAUACACAAACCCAAAGCUCUGCAGCUUGCUCCGCAUGAUCCUCUGGUCGCAGAGCGAGCUGGACAAACACAACGUCAAGUACCCAAAGAUGACCGACCUGGCCAACGCCACAAUAGAACAGCCAAAAUGAAACAAACUGAGGAAGAAGAGUAACUUGUUUAGAUGCGAUUGAUAUUUUAAGGUUUCUUACGGAAAAUAAAUGCGGUGGGCUGACGAAUUAUAAUUUGUAAUGUAAUUUGUUAGGGCCAAAGCACACACGACUCUAUAAGUAUCGACAAUGGGGAACUGCCACUGCCAAUUUAUCCCGACAGGUGGCGCAUAAGCAUACCGGCCAUAGAUAUAGUAUAUCAUGUGGAACAGCUGUACUGAGCUGUCAUAAGCUAUAAUUUUAAUUUUACCAAAUAGACUGAUAAAUCACCCACUGUGCAGGUUCAAGGUUAGAGAUAUGCGAUUCAAUAAUUGCUGAUCAUUUAUAAAAGAUCUACAAAAAGGUUAUCAUGUGUGCUUUGGCCCUUAUAGACCACCUGACUGUGGAUCUGCAAAAAUCUUUAUCAUACUAUAAUAAUUAGGAGUAUAAGAUCCUUAACACUUUUGCCUAAGUAUUUAAUAGAGUUAAAAGUGACAUCCAAACAGUGACAUAAUACAUAAUUAAUUAUUUAUAUCUAUGAAUAGUAGUUGACAGUAUUACUAUGAAAAUAGAAAAAGAUAUCCGGACCAGACUUACUCCAUUUAUCCACCUUAAUAGCUCGUUCACACAGGCUGCGCAAGCGUAGACGUCACGCGUAGCAUUGCGUUGUAUUGUAUGGAACUGUAUGAAACAUGGCACACCGCUCGCGUAAAGCGUGGACGUAUGCGUAACCCGGUGUGUUAGGGGUUUACGUGCGUCACUACGCACGUGUCACGUGAUUAUUGUACUCAUGAUUUUUGCAGAUCCUUUCAACUGACUCAAAUAAUCCGUAGCUAUCGCUAGCUAUUAAUUUACUUGUAGAUUUCCAAAUAAUAAAAUUUAUUUAAGAUAAUCUCAUUCAACUUGUGAGGGAACUAUUAUAAUAGGUAGGUACUAUAGAUCUCUGUGCAACUAUGUAUUUUUGUUUGAUGUUUGUAUCUGAUGCUCUUCAGGAAAUAAAUAGACAGUAAGCAGGGCGUCAAUAAAUGAAACAGGUCUUUGAGAAGCAGAUUAUGUACCAAAAUUUGUUAGCUGGCCUUAAGUACUCGUAGUUCAAUUAUUCUGGUUUUCCUUGAUUAUCCAGAAGUUACAUUAAUUUCGUUUUAGAAUUAAGAUAAAUACUUUUCGAUAAAAAAGAGGUUGAUAAAAAAAUUCCAUAGGAACAGUAGCAAGAUAUGUUUAGAAUAAAUUACAAGCAAUUUAGAUCAUUGAUAGAUAUAUUUUUACGAAAUCUUGCAUCCUAGGAAUAAACUAUGCACUCUAAAGAGUUUGCAUCUAAGUUCUAAGGGUAACCGCACUUUGAAUGCGAACUUGUACGUAAGCGUUAUACUGCGGGACGAUUCGCUAACUCAGUAAUCAAUCAAUACUAAGCCCUAAUUCAAACAAGCGAAAAAGCGUUGACGUGUGAACUACAACUUGAACGAUUUUUUACGGACGUUAAAAAAGCUCUCGUAUGAAUGAGGGCUUCUUCUUCUUUUCUUCUCUAUGGCGAAUGAGGGCUUAAUGAUUGCCACAGCUGAUUUGACAUUUAUUUUUAAUCCAUUGAAGGUUUCCUAAGAAAAAAUAUAUUAAUAUCACUCAGUAAAGCAUCUAUGUAUAACUAACUCGAUGUCAGAUUAGCUUGAUAGCUAUGAUUUCAGUUUCGUGUUGAUCACUGAGUUAGCGAAUCACCAAGUCGCUGCUCGCACGAGUUGAGUGCAUACACUAUAUACGUUUUUCUCAGACAAAUACGAGUCUAAAUUCGUACGAAACUAAACUCGCGAAAAAAAAACAGAAUCUGGGUCACAAUAAUUUUUAUUUCAAUGAGAUACCAAGAUUCUCGGAUUGUAUUUAAAAAAAUCAAUUCGUUAUCAAAAUGUUUCAAUUCUAAAAAUUAAUAACUUGUCUCUUAUUUAAUGAAUUGUUGUCAAGACAUAGAUUUUUGUCUACUAAAUUACUUCAAAUAUACUUUUAACUGAGAGACAGUAGAGUUUUCCUAAUUUUAAGUAUUUUGUAUGUAAUUUUAGAAAUAAUAAAAUAAUUUAUUAAUAUUUUAUUUGACUUCUUAUUUAACUCCAGCAUAAUUAUUAUUGGUAUAUACAUUAAAAGAAUUAUUUACUAAAACUGAUCGCAUACCUAGUCGCACCGAAUACGUCGCAUGCAUCACAGUAUGAGGUCAGAUUUUUUUGUUUAUUGGAAAAGCCACUAAACGUACCACCAUAGACUAU